UACUCUGUCAGCACCUAGAAUGAGCUCCUAUCAGCCACUGAACAUCAUGGCUGUCUGAGGCCAUCAGAUGUUGCACACAGACCUUCUUUUCCGAGGUGGGCCUGCUGACUACGGUACUGACCACGGUACUGACCACCGUACUGACCACAGUACUGACCACCGUACUGACUACGGUACUGACCACCGUACUGAGCACCGUACUGACCACUGUACUGACCACCGUACUGACCACGGUACUGACCACCGUACUGAGCACCGUACUGACCACGGUACUGACCACCGUACUGACCACGGUACUGACCACCGUACUGACCACGGUACUGACCACGGUACUGACCACCGUACUGACCACGGUACUGACCACCCACAUUCCUGAAUGGAUGGUUUUCCAACACUGUGGAUUGUAUAUAAGAAGACAACAUCCUGCACAGGUCACUCUUCACCAAAAUACCAUGACACAACAUGUGGUCUGCUCGGAGGGUGGAGUCCAGUUAUUGGGUGACAUCUGACAAGGGCGCUGGUUCCACUUGUAACAAUGAUCUCGAUGGUGCUGCUCCUGAGUCUGAUUACAGGUGUCGGCUCUAUGACGGUGAUCCAGGAUCCUCCAUUUCUCAACCUGUCUGCCGGUGACACGGCCCGGAUGUCCUGUGUUGUGAAGAAUGUCAAUGUGGGGGUGACUCUGAACCAUUCCUGGAAUUUACAGGGAUCCUUCGAGAAUCUGGAGAACUCAUCCCGAGUGACCGUCACCCCGAACUCUCUCACCAUCUCCUCUGUCACCCCUAAUGACUCCGGACUUUACACCUGCACAGUGCGGGACAACCACCUGUAUCCAUACAGAGGGAAUGGGACAUUACUGUCAGUCACAGCAUUAACCACCCCGGUCACUCCUAUUAAUAAUACUCAGCAUAAAGGAGAUUCUUCAAGCAAUAACUAUCUCUACCUGUACUCUCUGAUACCCGUCACCUUCCUCUGCUUGGCGGUGAUCCUGUACUGGAGAAGAUGUGCGGCUAGAAGAGGAUCCCAGACACCAUCAGCUGAGAGAAGAGAUGGACAGACAUGUACGCAGGAGAACGACGCCGGUGAUCUCCAUUAUUCCACCAUUCUGCAUCACCCAUCUGCUGGACAGAGGAGGGAGGAGAGAAAUGGGAAUAAUGGGACUGAUGUGGUAGAGUACGCUCCAGUGAGGAUAGCCAUUCCUCCCCAGCCCUUCACAGGUGACUCUACAGACAAGGACUUGGGCAACGUGUGUUAUGCAUCCCUGAGGAUGUCCACUCCGGAUUCCAGACCCCUGGAGCAAAGUGCCACUUACCCCGACUGGGAAUAAUCUGCCGACAUACCAGAGUCCAGGCGGACAGCGAACUAAACCAAAUUCAGCUUCUGUUCAACUGCCAAUUGUCCUCAUUUUUAAGGAACUCACCUAGUUUAGGAUUGUCCCUGGAUAACUUUUUACCACUGGAAACAUAUAAAUUUCAAAUAAUUACCAACGUUACUGUUUUACCCUCUUUGACUGCCCUAGAUCCUCUUCUUCUCAUCACGAUGACCCAGGAUUGUAUGUGUUCAAUAAUGGAGGAUCAAUAUUUAAAAUAUGGAUAGCCAGGUUCAGAGAGGUUUACGCCGGCGUAUCAGUAGAUACGCCGGCGUAACUCUGAAUCUGCGCCGUCGUACC